UUUUGUCUUGCGUGCAGUGUUCGACUUUCUAGGUGCUUUCUAGGCUUAUGAUAAAUAUAUUAUGUGAAAUAAAUUGUGUGAAAGAAAAAUAUGUAUCGAAAAAUCUACUUCGUAGUUAGAAAAUGAGAUAUACAAAUAUUAUUUUACGUUCAUUCGUGAUACCUUUGGUCUUUUGACCAUUUUAAACUUGUGCUAAACUAAAUACCCUACGAUGGGUGAUGUAUUAAGUUUUUUUUCUGCGAUUAUUAUGAAAUUUAAAUCAAAGUUCAACCAGAGUAAGGUAUAUUUCCAUUACGAAGUACCAUGGGAAAAGUUAAAAGGUGUAAAAUGGAUGAAUGAGCGAGCUAGCGCCAAUAAAGCUUAUGUACCAACUACAGUAGAGAACGUAGCGAACGUAUGCACGCACGCUCUGUGCGUCGCGCCCGCAUCGUACGGCGCUCGCGAGCUGCUCACGCGCUCGAUCAACGCGCCCCAAGCGAUCGCCGCUGUCGUGUACGGGCUGGCCCUGUGUCUCCUCUUCGCAGUGUCCACCACCUUCCACUCAGUAUGCUGCUGCAAGGCAGAAACCAAAAUGAAGCACUUCCUUCAUCGCUGCGACCGCGCGAUGAUCUACAUCUUUAUAGCCAGCUCCUACUUCCCCUGGCUGACCGUGGGCACCUUAUCCUGCUGGAUGCUCCGUGAGCUCCGCUGGGCGAUCUGGCUGCUGGCCGUCCUCGGCAUCACCUACCAGCAGAUCUUCCACGAGCGGUACAAAAUGCUCGAGCUGCUGCUGUACCUCACCAUGGGACUGGGCCCCGCUGUGAUCAUUUUCACGUCAAAUCACGAGUUCCCAGCGAUGCAGGAUCUGAAAUUGGGCGGGAUGUUGUAUCUGAUUGGCGUGUUCUUUUUCAAGUCGGACGGUAGAAUACCCUUCGCGCACGCCAUAUGGCACAUGUUCGUCGCUUGGGCGGCUAGCGUGCACUACCUAGCUAUACUCCAACACCUCUUCCCAGACCUGAAAUCUCAAUGAAGACUGCCCCACCGAUGCUCUCUCUAUUUUUAUAACUCGUUAGACUGGCCAAAUGUCAGAUGUCAAUUGGUAACUUGCAUUGAUAGUCUGGACGCGAGCGUUAUUGAUGUUAGUUUCGUAGUUUUCUACACGACUGCGAACGUGGUUUAUUUUCUUACUGAUUUUAACUUUCGUAAUAUUAGCACUUUCUAGUCUUCACAUUGAUGUUAGGAAAUAGGAAGUAGUGUAGAUGAUAGAUUUUAUUUUUUGUAUUAAAGUUCCAUUUAGACGGUUCUUCCUUAGAGUUUUCCAAAACACGUGUAUGAUAAGCGGGCGUUUCAUUGGGCGUAGGAAACAUCUACUGAGUCUGUUUAUGCGAUAAAAAUAUACAUUCCUUAUAAUGCUACAACAAACAACAAACAGCUUUCUGUAAUGUAAUUAUAUUUAUCUUUUUACGUCGACCUUCUGAAAAACUAAGAUAGGGUGAUCUAAUAAAAAGAUAAUAGGAUUAUUUUGUGAUUCUUUAAGCCUAUUUAAACUUCGCGUAUGGGUAUAUGAUUAAUGACAAAUUGAGACAACUAUGUGAUUAAUAAUAGCUGGUUAGGGCUGUACUGCUGUAGUGGGGUUUUGGUGGUUUUGAUUCGGAGGACUGUUUGUGAAAUUCGAGCCCAAUUGAAGGCCCUUGUUGAACUCCUACCCACGUAGGGAUGAAUAAUGAACCGCGUUCGCAGUAUCACAACGUAUAAUUGUAUAUUUUGUAAAAUAUUGUUAAAUCUCAUUGUUGUAGUACGUAUUCGUAACUUUGAAUCUCGAGACCAAUCCAAACCCUUUUUUAGAUAAUUUAAAUGUGUACUAGGGUUUUUAGAAACAUUUAUAAUCUUAUCUAUACCUAUAUUAAAUAGUUUUUCAGCGAAGUAUUUUAUACAACUACAUGUGAAUUUUUCCGUAGAAUUAGUUCCUUAUACAUGUGUCUAGUUUUAGAUGUAUUUGUAAUCUAAGAAGCCUCAUGUGAAAAUCCCACUAUUAUUUCCACGUCAAAAUAUUUGGGAAACGAAGAAAAUUUUAGCUUCGUCGUUGCGUUUCUCGAAAUUUUGUCAAACGUAAAGUGGUAUAUUCGAUCGUGUUUGUGUUGGGUUGUAGAUUUGUGAAUAUAGUAAUUUCUCACGUUAGCAAUAGGUAUUAGAUAUACAGUGUUAGAAUUUUUGCUUCUUCCAAUUUAUCCGCUUCAUAAUUUGCAGUUUAGAGAACUUAAAAGCUUUAAGAAUUUAAUAAUCUGCGUUUUAUUUUAGUGUUUUUGAAACCUUCUGUUUGUGAAUCCUAUCUUUUUAAUUAAACUCUGUAAGGCAUAAUAAUUAUACACAUUCAACGUGGUUAUAAAAAUCUAUAUUUACUCCGUAGUUCUACAUUCUUCUGCGUUAGAGCGUAAAGAUUUUCAAAAACUACUGCCACUAUAAUUUCUCCUUAUUUUAUGUUCUUCGAAAGCCAAAUUCUAGGAGUAUCGCGUGACAUAGGCUAGUAUUCCCGGACCACACGUGGGUUACGAAGUAUGUGUUCCAUCCACCCACACGCGAUCGACUAAUAUGUAAUGAGGCUAUAUAGUUACUAGAUUUUAGUCUCGAGCAUGUUAUAUUUAAGCGGUGUUAUUUGUUGUCUAAACGUUGAAUUACAUCUAGCUGCAUCGAAUCGCACUUUUCUGUACUUCUUUAUCUACAUUUCU